GCGACCCCUUUGUCCUCUUUGGAUGUUUGGAUAACCAGCAAACUGAAGUCGUCACAUUUCUGCUGUAGAUGAACUUUACCUUUGAACCCACUGAAGCGUCUCUAAGUGACCGCGAGGAGCACACUGUGGAUGUGAGCGCGCGCUGAUGCUGAGCUGUAGAGAGUUUGGAUAGAGAGGGACGCGAGCUUCUGCACGGACUUUUCACCCUUUUUGUCAUCCCUCUAUCGGCGACAUUUUUUUGCAGCACACACACAAACACACGCGCAGGCUGAUGCUCGCGGAAAAGUGACACGCAAACAGGCAGGAAGUCGUAGAUGAGCUGCCGCUCCGACGCACGCACAGAUCCUGCAGGUUCGGCGCGGUGGUCUGGUAAGAACUGAGAGAAACCAUGAAGUCCAGGAGUCAGGACCAGAGUUUGUCUGACUCCAGGGAGCUGGACCGAUCUUACGACCCGCUAACAGGUAAUCCUCCAUCCAAACCCAAUAAGAAGACCAUAAAGCAGCGGUUCCUCAAACUUCUCCCCUGCUUUCGCUCUGGCUCCAGCUCUUCAGUCGCUCAAAGCAAUAACUUUUACAUUUUUUUCUCUGCAUCCGUACAUGCAGGUAGUAUAACUGAUGAUGCCGAACUGUCAACGGUGCAUUGCCGACCGGAGGGGCUCGACCACCUCGUACGGAAGACCAACUUCAGCAAGAAAGAGCUGCAGGUCCUCUACCGGGGAUUCAAAAACGAGUGUCCCAGUGGUGUGGUGAACGAAGAGACUUUUAAAAGCAUCUACUCCCAGUUCUUCCCUCAUGGAGAUUCAAGUAUGUACGCACAUUUCCUCUUUGAAGCAUUUGACACCCGCAACAAUGGCUCGGUCAGCUUCGAGGACUUUGUUGAAAGUCUGUCUAUCAUCUUGAGAGGCUCCAUCAAUGAUAAACUCAACUGGGCGUUUAAUCUGUACGAUCUCAAUAAAGACGGCUGCAUCACCAGAGAGGAGAUGACGGACAUCAUGCACUCCAUCUACGACAUGAUGGGGAAGUGUACCUACCCCUGCAUGAUGGACAAUGCUCCCAACGAGCACGUGGAUAACUUCUUCCAGAAAAUGGACAAGAACAAUGAUGGAGUGGUCACCAUCGAGGAGUUCUUGGAGACAUGCCAAAAGGAUGAGAGCAUCAUGCAGUCCAUGCACAUGUUUGACAGUGUGAUCUAAAGCUUGGUGGACACGGACUUUAGACGUUUCCUUCCUGCCUGGAGUCUGCAGCCAGAGUGGAUGGUGGUUCUGCGCCCUAACCAGAGAGGAGCAGGGUGCAAACGGCAAUGUCCUGAGGAUUAUACCCCAAAAACCACCUCUUCUUGUGAAAUGUUUUUAUUUUAUUAAGACUGUAUAUAGGGAGACAUCAAAAGGUGGAUUCUGGUGUUUUAAGAUCUCGAGUCUGUGCAGACCAAUUUGAACAAUCUAUUUAAUGCUGUAGAAAAUAAGCAUGGAGCAAGCUGAACAAUGCUGAGAAUGUUGUAGAGUUUCACUCACUGUCUAAACUCGGAGAUGUGCGUCGAUGAAGGACGGCUCUGAUGAAGGGAGGAAGUUCAAACCCGAGCAAUAAUCUUAAAAGUAACAUGUCAAUUUGGUCCUCACAGAGCCCACCACUCACAUUUACUAUAAUACUGGAUAUUGUGUCUGCAUGAUGUGUCUGUUUUGACUGGCCAUUGAUAUGCUUCAUUUAACUGUUGACAUAUUUUCUAUACGGACGUGGUAACAACGGCGAUGAGGAAGAUGAAUAAAACAGUUGCUAUGCAAAAGGGGGAAUAUUACAUCCACUAACAGACAGUCCUUGACUUCUUUGUGUUACAGGUUUUCAGAGGACAUCUUUGUCAUUUUAUAGUUUUCACUUUUGCAAAAUGUAAUGAACCAAAAGAGAGAAUCAAUCAU